AGUUAUUUCCCUGUUGACAUACGUCAUACUUGUCAUAUGUCAUACAUCAUCGACUCAACCGGCCGCGUCAAACAUUUGUCCACUUCAUAAUUCUUAUCAUCUGAUAACUUCGAAUAAUGGCAGAUCCGGUAGAACCGCCCCCUUUAUUUGAAAAUGUGGACAUCCUGUCUGACCAGAAAGAGGACGACGAUCUGUUCAUUUCAGCCCGACAGGAGCAGUCCGAGCCCUACCAUGGCGCGCCACAGGAAAACCUCAACGGCGAAGCCGACUUGAGCAAUUUGUCCCUCGACGACCAGAAGUCUGAGCUGGAAAAUGUACCCAUCAGCAACAGCGGGACCCAAGACACCCUGGAACAGGUGGAGGCAGCUAGUGGCGACCAGUUCCUCGAUAUUUCCAUCACCGAGCCCCAGAAAGUGGGCGACGGGAUGGGGGCUUACAUGGCGUACCGCGUCACAACAAAAACCAACAUGCCCAUCUUCAAAAAGCGCGAGUUUUCGGUGACGAGGCGCUUCAGCGACUUCCUGGGUCUCCAUGACAAACUAUCCGAAAAGUAUUUAAAAGUGGGGCGGAUUAUCCCGCCUGCGCCCGAAAAGAGCGUCAUCGGAAUGACGAAAAUAAAGAUGUCGAGUCAACCCGAAGGCAGCCCCUCGAACGGAAGCGACUUCGUGGAGCGCAGAAGGGCCUCGUUGGAGCGCUACUUAAAGCGCACUUCGCAACACCCCGUCUUAGUGGUGGACCCCGACUUUAGGGAGUUUUUGGAGUCCGACGUGGAACUCCCCAAAGCCACAAGCACUUCGGCUUUAAGUAGCGCAGGCGUGAUGCGGCUCUUUAACAAGGUUGGCGAGACUGUCAACAAAAUCACGUACAAGAUGGACGAAACAGACCCGUGGUUCGAAGACCGACUAACCCACAUCGAAGCCCUCGAGACGCAGCUGCGCAAACUCCACGCCAACGUGGAGGCCAUGGUUUCCUACCGCAAAGAACUGAGUCACUUGACCAACGGCGUCUCGCGUUCCGCCGCCAUGUUGAGUGCUUGCGAAGACCACAACUCUCUCUCGAUGGCGCUGUCUCACUUGGCCGACACCGAAGAGAAAGUGGAAGCCCUGCACCUAGAACAAGCCAAUACGGAUUUCUUCAUUCUGUGCGAGAUUCUCAAGGAUUACUUGGGGCUCCUGGGGGCCGUCAGGGACGCUUUUCACGAACGCACUAAACUUUUCCAGCACUGGCAGCACUCGCAACAAAUGCUGGCCAAAAAACGCGAAGCCAAAGCGAAAAUGGAGCUCACCAACAGAACUGAUAAAGUGGAUCAAGCUGGCGCGGAAGUCAUAGAGUGGGAGGCGAAGGUGGAACGCGGGCAGGAAAAUUUCGAUAAAAUUUCGAAAAUGAUCAAGACGGAAGUGGAGAGGUUCGAGAAGUGUCGCAUUCACGAUUUCAAAAUGAUGUUCAUUAAGUAUUUGGAGAAUCAUCUAAAUCACCAGGCGCAGCUUGUCAAGUACUGGGAGGCUUUCUUGCCCCAAGCCAAAGCGAUUGCUUGACUAGAGGAUAUCUGCGAGGAAUAGCAGAGCCGACAUUCCUAUUGGAGAUUCCCGGAACUUUAAUGUACAAUACUGUUUUAGCCACUUUUUUGCACUUGGAAUCUCCGAAACUCGUCCCCUUUUUAUUUUUAUUCGUCAUUUAUUCUUAUACAUAAUCAAGUUGUAGUUAUAUCUCUGUUAUAUCUUAUAUCUAUUUAUGUUAUUCGGUGGCUUUUGUCUCUUACAAUGCCACGUUAAUGUAGGUCAUUUGUUAUAUAUAAAUCGCCUAAUAAGAGAACUAUAUUUGUUAUGUGCUUUGUGUGAAACAUAAAUCCUUAUAUUGUGAUAAGAGAUGCUCAUUUCCAAGCUUGAUACUUGUUCAAGUGUAGUUGAAUAGGGUCUUGAUCGGCAACAUUGUGUAAAGUGAUGCAUGGUAUUAUUGAAGAUUGUAUUGCUUCCAUUAUGUAUGAAAAUUAAUAAAUUAAAUAUAAAACAUGAAA